CAGGAUGAAGGUCUGUCUCACUCUGAUCUGCCUCCUCUUCCUCACAGCUCUGCAGGAUGGAGAAACUGUGGGAAUCUAUGCAGAAAAGGAAGGAGGAAGCAUCAACGUUACAUGUGAAUUUGAUUAUUAUGGAGAUAAAAGGUUUCUCUGUAAGGAAACUUGUGAAGGAGAAAAUAUUCUCAUUGAAUCAACUGAAGACAGAGAUGAGAACGAAAGAUUCAGUAUCAGAUAUGAAAGAAGAAACAUUUUUUCAUCUGAUUUUCUACAUGUGAGCAUCACAGAUCUGAAACCGUCAGACUCAGGACGGUACUGGUGUCGCUCAGAUGAAACCUAUGAUGGAACUCUAUACGAUGAUUUUAAUCUUGUGAUUGAAGCUUCUAUCACAACAACAACAACAUCAAGAAGAACAACAGCAACAACAACAGCAGCAGCAGCAACAACUCAGGGUCUGCAGCUUUAUUUAGUUCUGUCUUCUGUCGUCAAGAUCAUCUUGUUAUCAACGUCUUUGGUUAUUUUCUGCAGAAAGAGGAAGGCCAUGAAAAGCAAAGAUUCUGCUGUGGGAACAGAGAACGACGGCGUCAAUCAGGCGUGUCCGAAUAUUUAUGAAACACCACCAGAGUUUCUUUAGUGUUUUAAAAAUCAACUCAGAGAGAAGAAACCAGAGAGAACGACAAACAGAAAAAAUCAUCUAACCAAUUAUCUUCAAGUUCAACUUAAACUAAAAUAUUAUUUAAAUGUUUUCAUACUGAAAUAAUUCAAUCUGUGUCAGAAUUUGCAAAUCAAAUGUUGCAUUUCUGCUUUCAUGAGUUUACAUUUGUCAUUUAUAAUAACAUUAGAGCUGCAAGUAAAAACAUGGUGAACUUUCAGGUUAUUUUAUACUUUUAUCUUUAAAUCUGUUUGUAUGGAGGGAUUUUCUACUUUUUUUUUACACCAAU